AUGGUACCUUCAAACAAAAGCAAUGGAAAAAUUAAAAUUUCAAAUGCAUCAUGUACAACAAAUUGUUUAGUAUCAUUUGCUAAAAUUAUUCAUGAAAAAUUUGGUAUUAUUGAAGCUUUAAUGACAACUGCACCUUCGUACACUCCAAUACAAAAAACUAUUGAUGGAUCAUCAAAUAAAGAUUGGUCAGGUGGACGUGGAGCUGCACAAAAUAUUAUUCCAUCAUCAACUGAUGCUGAUAAAGUUAUCGGAAAAGUUAUUCCGAAUUUAAAUGGAAACAAUUAA